AACGGCAUCUUGGGGCGCUUUUAAAAUCCAGUCCCAUAUCGGGACAAGAGUGGGAUACAUUCACAGUUCCCUUCAGAAAAAAUAAUUGGAAAGUUGCAGUGGAACAAGUGACUCCAACAUUGCUUACAGUAAGACUAUUAUAUCAUUUGAUCAAAGAACUUGGAGUUAGACACAUUUUCAUGUCUAACUACUGGAGGCUCAUCCUCUGUAAGGAAGCUGGAAAUUGCAACUGUUUUUCAGCCGACAGCCAGCCUAAUGAAGAAAAAGAUGAUACAGAACAUCGCAUUGUGGUAUCAGACAUCCUGCAGCUUGUGCAAGAUAAGCAGAAGGUACCUGCAACACAGCCAGAUGAAAUCAUGCAUCAGGAUAUUGUUCCCCUCUGUGCUGAAGAUAUUGAAGAUGAGUUAAGAAAAAAGUUUGCAUAUCUUUCAGGAGGACGAGGAAGAAAUGGCUGUCCUGUCAUCACUUUUCCUGAAUUCUCUACAUUUAGUGAAAUUCCAGAAAAGGAGUUUCAAAGUGUUUUGACAUACCUCACUAAUAUUCCCAGUUCACAAGAUGCUGGAAUUGGAUUUAUCCUUGUCAUAGACCGCAGGCAAGAUAAAUGGACAUCAGUGCGGGCCUCUAUAAUGCGAAUUGCGACAUCAUUUCCAGGAAAUUUGCAACUUGUUCUAGUUUUGCGUCCAACUGGAUUCUUUCAUAGAACUCUCUUUGACAUUGCCUUUAGAUUUCAUGGAGAUGAUUAUAAAAUAAAGCUGCCGAUCAUAAUGCUGAGCUCACUAACAGAAUUAAAUAACUAUAUUGAUACAGCCCAACUAACUGAAGAUCUUGGGGGUUCCCUGGAUUACUGCCAUAAUAGGUGGCUUACACAGCGCACUGCUAUAGAGAGCUUUGCUCGAAUGGUUAAGCAGAUAGCUCAAACACUUCAAACCUUUGGGAAUGAGCUUGCAGAAGAAGAGCUACCCAAUGAUGCUCAGGCCACCAGCUACCUCCUUGCAACACAUACAGAAAGGAGAGACAAAAUGAAGGAAGGUUUGAAAAUAGCUUUAAGGCAAGGUGAUGAUAUUCUCCACGGUAUUCGAAAACCGGUCCUUGAAAACCCAGAGUGCAAACUGAAUCCAGAUCAAACAGAAAAUCAAAUUACUGUGGAAAGGCUUUUAUCUCAACUAGAUGAAACAGAAGCAGCUUUUGAUGACUUUUGGUGUAAACACCAACAGAAGCUUGAGCAAUGCUUACAACUUAGACAUUUUGAACUGGAUUUCAAAGAGGUCAAAAUAGCACUUGAUAGCGUGUCUGAGAAAUUACUUCAUUUCACAGAAAUGGGAAAUAGCAGUUCACACGUAGAGCACCUUCUGAAAGAUCUUGCCAGUUUUGAAGAAAAAUCACAAGAAGUUUUAGAUAAAGCCAGCUUACUAAUUUCCAGUGGAGACCAGUUUAUAGAAAACAAGCAUUAUGCCGUGGACUCUAUCCUUCCCAAGUGCGGUGAACUCCAACAACACUAUGAAAUGAUUAUUUCAGAAGUGAAUAAAAAAAGGGAUCUCCUAAACCAUUCAUUUGAAUUACAUAGACAGUUGGAAAAGUGCAUGAAGUGGUGUGAUGAUGGAAUUUAUCUGCUGGCUUCUCAACCUGUAGACAAAUGCCAAUCACAGGAUGGAGCAGAAGCAGCUCUGCAGGAAAUUGAGCAAUUUUUGGAGUUGGGUGAUGAUAAUAAACUCAGGGAACUAAGUUACUUGUCCAAAGAAUUUGAAGCUAUCUUCACUGAGGAAUUAAUGGAACAUGUACAAAAGGUUUUUCAGAAACAGAACAAUAUGGAAGAAAUGAUUCAAAAGAGGCAAGUCAGCCUUAAGAAACUGGCAGCUAAGCAGACACGCCCUGUUCAACCAGUGGCACCUAGACCAGAAGGAUGUCUAAAAUCAUCAUGUCCUUAUUCUGGCCUUCAAAUAGAGUCUGAAGAUUCAUCCAGUUCUGAUAACCAUGCGAUAAGGAGAGUGAAUGUCAGAAAAAUGAAGAGUGAGAUAAAUGAAAUGCAGCAAUCUAGAAAUGUUUCUGUGACAGAUGAUGAAGAAAAUCUAGCAGUGUUACGCAAACAUGUAAUGAAUGAACUUCUUGAAACUGAACGAGCUUAUGUGGAAGAACUUCUCUGUGUUCUUGAGGGCUAUGCAGCAGAAAUGGACAACCCCUUAAUGGCACAUCUCAUUUCACCUGGGCUACAAAAUAAGAAAGAUGUGUUGUUUGGAAACAUGGAAGAAAUCUAUCACUUUCACAACAGAAUAUUCUUGAGAGAAAUAGAAGAUUAUAUAGACUGCCCUCAACUGAUAGGACGUGGUUUCCUUGAACGGAUGAAAGACUUCAAAAUUUAUGAAAAAUAUUGUCAAAAUAAACCUCGAUCAGAAAGUCUUUGGAGACAGUGUUCAGAUUCAGCAUUUUUCCAGGAGUGUCAGCGAAAACUUGAUCACAAGUUGAGUUUGGAUUCUUAUUUACUAAAGCCUGUUCAAAGAAUAACCAAAUAUCAACUCUUGCUAAAGGAAAUGUUAAAGUACAGUAAAAAUUGUGAAGGUGCUGAAGAUCUCCAAGUAGCCCUGACGUCAAUAUUGGGAAUUCUUAAAGCAGUUAAUGAUUCCAUGCAUCAGAUUGCAAUCACUGGCUAUGAGGGGAACCUGAAUGAGCUGGGGAAACUUUUAAUGCAAGGAUCCUUUAAUGUAUGGAUUGAUCAUAAAAAGGGCCACUCAAAAGUGAAAGAUUUGGCUCGAUUUAAGCCAAUGCAAAGACACCUCUUCCUCCACGAGAAGGCAAUCUUAUUCUGUAAAAGGAGAGAAGAAAAUGGAGAAGGAUAUGAAAAAGCUCCUUCAUACAGUUUUAAGAAUUCUUUAAAUAUGACUGCAGUUGGAAUAACAGAAAAUGUAAAAGGUGAUAUUAAAAAAUUUGAAAUCUGGUAUAAUGCAAGGGAAGAAGUUUACAUAAUACAGGCUGCAACUCCUGAAAUCAAAGCUACCUGGGUAAAUGAAAUUAGAAAAGUAUUGACCAGCCAAUUACAGGCUUGCAGGCAAGCUAGCCAGCAUAAAGCUGUUGAACAUACUCAGAGUUUACCUUUGUUUCUCUCAGCUAACACAAG